AUGGGGAAACAGAAAACAAAGAAGUUUGCUGCAAUGAAAAGAAUGAUCAGUCCAAAAGAUCAAAGAAUAAAAGAAAAGGACCGUGCAAAACCAAGUGAAAAAAAGAAAAAAGAUCCGUCUGCAAUUAAAGAGAAAGAAGUACCAAAAUAUCCGUCUUGCUUGUUCUUCCAGUAUAAUACCCAGCUUGGCCCUCCAUACCACGUUCUUGUGGACACUAAUUUCAUAAACUUCUCCAUCAAGGCUAAACUAGACAUAGUACAAUCAAUGAUGGAUUGUCUUUAUGCAAAAUGCAUACCAUACAUUACUGACUGUGUGAUGGCUGAAAUCGAAAAGCUUGGAAUGAAGUACAGAGUAGCUCUAAGGAUUGCAAAGGAUCCCAGGUUUGAGCGGCUAACGUGUACCCACAAAGGAACAUAUGCAGAUGACUGUUUAGUUCAAAGAGUAACUCAGCACAAGUGUUAUAUCUUAGCAACUGUCGACAGAGAUCUGAAGCGACGAAUCCGAAAGAUCCCAGGGGUGCCCAUCAUGUACAUUUCCAACCAUAGGUACAACAUUGAAAGGAUGCCUGACGAUUACGGUGCACCUCGAUUUUAA